AGCCGCGGGAGGUCCGGACACUGGCGGCCAUGGAACUCGCUGGUACUAGAGGACACAUAUCUUAACUGGGUUGCUCUAAGGACUAAUGCCUAAACCAUCUCAGCAUGACCUGUAGAGGAGGAGCUGGGCAUGGCCAGCGUCCCUCAGCUUCACUCUCCCGUGUCAGCUCUGGACGUCUUUCCACGUGUAGAACCUGUACCCAUAAUAUAUGCAUGGUGUCGGACUUUUUCUACCCAAAUAUGGGAGGCGUGGAAGGCCACAUUUACCAGCUCUCUCAAUGCCUGAUUGAAAGAGGGCACAAGGUCAUAAUUGUCACCCAUGCUUAUGGAAGUCGCAAAGGCAUCCGUUACCUCACUAAUGGCCUCAAAGUCUAUUACUUGCCUCUGAAAGUCAUGUACAACCAAUCUACAGCCACGACCCUCUUUCACAGUCUGCCAUUGCUCAGGUACAUAUUUGUUCGGGAGAGAGUCACGAUAAUCCAUUCCCAUAGUUCCUUUUCUGCCAUGGCCCAUGAUGCCCUCUUCCACGCCAAGACAAUGGGCCUCCAGACAGUCUUCACGGACCAUUCCCUUUUUGGAUUUGCUGAUGUCAGCUCGGUGCUUACAAACAAGCUUCUAACUGUGUCUCUUUGUGACACAAACCACAUAAUUUGUGUCUCUUACACUAGUAAGGAAAACACUGUGCUAAGAGCAGCACUGAAUCCUGAAAUAGUGUCCGUCAUUCCUAAUGCUGUAGAUCCUACUGACUUCACUCCAGACCCAUUUAGAAGGCAUGAUAGUGUAAUAACUAUUGUUGUUGUCAGCAGACUUGUUUACAGAAAAGGGACCGAUUUGCUUAGUGGUAUAAUACCUGAACUCUGUCAGAAAUAUCCCAAUUUAAAUUUCAUAAUUGGAGGAGAGGGACCAAAGAGAGUCAUUUUGGAAGAAGUACGGGAAAGAUACCAGCUCCAUGACAGAGUGCGUCUCUUGGGAGCCUUAGAACACAAAGAUGUUAGAAAUGUCUUAGUUCAAGGACAUAUUUUUCUUAAUACUUCCCUUACUGAAGCAUUCUGCAUGGCAAUUGUGGAAGCAGCCAGUUGUGGUUUACAGGUUGUAAGUACCAGGGUUGGUGGAAUUCCUGAAGUACUUCCAGAAAAUCUUAUCAUUUUAUGUGAGCCUUCUGUAAAAUCUUUGUGUGAGGGAUUGGAAAAAGCUGUUUUCCAACUGAAGUCAGGAGCAUUGCCGCCUCCAGAAAACAUCCACAACAUCGUAAAGACUUUCUACACCUGGAGGAAUGUUGCGGAGAGGACUGAAAAAGUGUACGACCAAGUGGCAGGAGAAGCUGUGUUACCGAUGGACAAACGACUGGACAGACUCGUCUCUCACUGUGGCCCCUUGACAGGCUGCAUUUUUGCUUUGUUGGCUGUAUUCAGCUUUCUCUUCCUCAUUCUCCUGAGAUGGGUGACUCCAGAUUCUAUCAUCGAUGUUGCAGUAGAUGCCACAGGGCCAAAGGGUGCCUGGACUCAUCAGUAUCCUUACAGGAAAAAGGUGGACGAGAACAAUGAGCAGGUUUCUUGAGUAAAAUGGGCUGUCAGCGACCAGCAUGUUUUAAGCACCUACCACGCAUAGAACGUUGAACUAGAUGCUUCCUGCGUCAGGUUUGACAUGAAGUGGUAAGAUAUCCGCCAUGCCGAAAAUGCUCAUGCUUUUAAUGCCAGGAAAAAAUCGCCGGCGUACUCCGAGUUCUUCUUUGAUCCUGUUGGAUGCAUUCUCCUAGGUCAAGCCUUCGUCUUCGCUUGUGUGUAUGAAAAUACUUUUUGCUUUUUAAAUACUAGGGACCGAUACCACUGUUGAUGAUAGUGCAGAGAAACCCUCCACAUCCCUCAGUGCAUAACUUAGUCCUCUGUCAAUGCCUUCUUGUUUUCCAAGCACAAUGUACAAGGUGUGCCAUCUCAAAAUCAGCUGCUACCCUGUCCCUUUGAUAGAAGUCACUGCCCUUCACGUGUGGCCUAGCUGAUGCCUGAUAAGUAUUGUCAGUGUGCAGAAGUCUUGACCCCAGAAUGUUUUGUUUAUAGCCAAUUGAGUGUGAAAAUUUUAGGAACAGUCUCUUUGUGGAUGGAUGUUGUUAACUGAAAUCGUUGUGGCCCAUAGCCAUGGGUUUUUAAACCCCCAAUUAUCCAUAUGGUGUGUCUUAUUAAUUCUUUGAACUCCUUGGAAUAAGUGUUUGUGAUUAAGGACUGUGAAGUCACAAGAAUGAGGCACUGUGGGCGUGCUAGUUAGAUGCUGGCAGUAUUGCGAUUCUGUACAGGAUUUUUUUUUUUAAUGACAACAUUCACAGAACUUCUUUUAAAAAAGUAUCUUAACAUGCCUACUAAUUGGUUGCCACUGAUACAUAAGAAAUAUAUUUGUGUUUUGUACUAAAACACAAAUGCGAGAGUGCGAUUUUUAAAAUCUUGAAGUUAGGGGUUCUUUUGUUAAAGAAAAACAGACUGACCCAAACCAUUAAAUCUUACUGGGAUUUUUAUGCAUAGAAACUGACUUAUAUAAAUAUGAAAUAA